UAUGCACGCUGUCUUGCCAUCAUCAAAAACCCAACCAAAAUCCAUUAUUCAGCUCAUUUGCCCUCUUCCCCCUUGCCCCCUCCCCCUCUUCCAUUGACCAAUCCAUAACCCUAACCUUGUCCUAAAACGCACCUACCUAGCUCCUUCCCCCCACUCCCCCCCUCUCCCGCAAAAGAUCCAAACGACAAUCCUAAACACAACCCACACAACAAUUAUAAGAGCAAAAAUGAGAUGGGCGGCGAGAUUCGACUGCGAAUUCGGGAACGAUGCUCGAAAAGGCUAACGAAAGAGAAAGAACUCAUAGAGGAGAGUGCGACUUUACCUUCCCUGGACCGACUUCGUUCUUGCUGGGCUUAUAAGAAAGAAGUUCGAUUACUCCGCGCGCUUCCAACAUCAAUCUUCAUUUGCAAGCUAGCUGCUUCUUUGAUUACUAGCUAGUUUCCAUUACUUCCUAAAUUUGCACAGUUUCUAUAUAUAUACAUAUAUUCCUUCCUGUUGUUUAAUUUAUAUAUAGCUGGAGGAAGAUCAUAUGCUGCUGUAAUUUAAUUAGAGAGAGAGAGAGAGAGAGAGAGAGAGAGAGGAUAUAGAUAUAUAUGCGAGAUGGAUCCUUUAGCAGCAUCUCAGCACACUCAUCGUGGGCAUCAUCACCUCCCGCCUCCCUUUCACACCAGCAGUAGAGACUUCCACCACCUCCUCGCCCCGCAAUCCAUCCACCACCUCCAUCACCAGCAGCAGCCCUUAAUGCAGCAACCCAUGAAGCUCGAAGACGAGCACAGCAGCCGCGUCAGGAAGCGCGGAUUCCACGACACCGCCGAUCGCAGAAAUAACAAUAAUGACGACGACGACGAUGACGACAGCAACAACAACAACAACGACAACAACGGGUUCAACGAUAUUCCGAACGGCACCGAGACAGCGUCGCAAUCCGGCGGGGGAGGAGGUGGGGAUGGGGGCGGGGAGAUGGCGCGGCGGCCGCGGGGGCGGCCAACGGGGUCGAAGAACAAGCCGAAGCCGCCGAUCAUCAUCACGCGGGACAGCGCGAACGCGCUGCGGUCGCACGUGAUGGAGGUUGCCGGCGGGUGCGACGUCGCCGAGAGCGUGGCGGCCUUCGCGCGGCGCCGCCAGCGCGGGGUCUGCAUCCUGAGCGGCAACGGCGCCGUCGCCAACGUCACCCUGCGCCAGCCGGCAGCGCCGGGGGCCGUAGUGACGCUGCACGGCCGGUUCGAAAUCCUCUCCCUGGCCGGCUCCUUCCUGCCGCCGCCCGCGCCGCCCGAAGCCACGGGGCUGACGGUGUACCUGGCGGGCGGCCAGGGGCAGGUGGUGGGGGGCAGCGUCGUCGGCUCGCUGAUGGCGUCGGGGCCGGUGGUGAUAAUGGCGGCGUCGUUCGGGAACGCCGCCUACGAGAGGCUGCCGCUGGAGGACGACGAAGGGCUGCAAGUGCAAGGAGGGCUCGGAUCGCCGCCGCCGCCUCAAAUGGUCGGACAUUCGCCACCGCCGCUGCAGCAGCAUCAGCAGCAGCAGCUGCUGGGCGAUCCAAACGCGGCAUCGCUCUUCCAGGGCCUGCCGCCAAAUCUGCUGAACAGCAUCCAACUGCCGGCCGAAGCAGCCUACGAAUGGGCCUCCGGAGGCGGCGGAGGUCGUCCCGCCCCGUAUUGAUCUCCUUUUCUCUUCUAGCUACUUGUCGUCGAUCUCCUGGUAACAAGGUGAAUUAGGACCCAUAUCAAUAUCCAUCGGAAACUAUUUUCGAUAACGGUUUCUUAAUUUCCAUCUUGUUUUCUUCUUCUUUUCUUUUUUUUUCUUUUUUCCUUCUUUUUCUAAUUGUGUUGUGAUUGAUCGCUUUAGUUUUUCGUCUUCGUUACUAGCUAAUAGGAUGACUUCAUAAAUAUGUAUCGCCUCUGUUGUGUAAAUCUAUGUUUUUAAUU